AUGAUGGUGGUUCAUGAAAAUAUAAUUGGUGCCGCAGUAUUUUCACUAUGUCUCUGGUUAAGGUUUGAGACAGGUUAUCAAGAAAUAUUGACAAUUUUGAGCGCAAAUCAGUUUUACAUUGGAAUCUACGUACUUUUAGUAUCAUCCCUGGUUAUUAUGGUCGUUGCUUUCUUAGGAUGCAUCAGCGCCCUGCAAGAAAAUUCUGUAGUUCUCCUUGCAUUUAUCGGGACUCAACUAUUUUGCUUUGUCAUCUUGCUAGCCGGAUCUGCCGUUCUCUUAGACAACAGCGCCAGAGAUUCCAAAUUCCAGCCUGUGGUUCGUGAAAGUAUGCGACAACUUAUUAUGAAUGCACAGUACGACGACUACAAGUAUAAUUUACAACUGAUUCAGGAAGGUGUAGGAUGCUGUGGAGCUGAUGGACCAGACGAUUAUUUGAUACUUCAACAACCGUUGCCAUCAGAAUGCAGAGACACCGUUACCGGAAAUCCAUUCUUCCACGGAUGCGUAGAUGAAGUUACAUGGCUUUUUGAAACAAAAUGUGCAUGGCUAGCUGCACUGGCAAUGAUUGUUGCUUUUAUCAAUGUCGUCAAUGCGGUACUAGCAGUUGUUCUGAUUCAGGCACUAAGAAAAGAAGAAGAAAGUUCGCAAACGUACGCAAAAUAAUGACAACACACUAUCAUAUUGUAGUUUUACUAUAGUUUUACCACGUACCUUGUAUUUUUAUUGUUUUUAUUUUUAUGUUAGAUUAGCUUAAGAGGGCAUGUUCUAAAAAAAGCUUGUCCAGCAUGUUCUAAAAAAGUACCUCUGUCAAUAUUUCAAAGAGAUUGUUCCACGAUUUUUUCAUUGUUUCAAAAGUGUUCAUACUUAUAUAAAACAUUAUUAUUUAAUUUUUUGUAUAGAAAAUAUUGUGUAUAAAAUAAUAAAUAUAUUAAAUAAAUAAAGUAUUUAUAA